UUGCGUUAACAAAACUUUACAUUGAGGUUACGUUUCUAGUCGAGCAUCUUUGUUUUUGCGUUUUUAAAAAAUCGGCAAUUUUUAAAUUGCGGUACAUUGUAACAGGUUUUAUCUUUUAGAGUCAGUAUGGCGAUAUAUCCGGAAAAUUGGUAGCUGAUUUAGGUAGUGGCUGUGGUGCUUUGACCAUAGGAGCUGCUGUAUUGGAUGCUUCAUUGGUCAUUGGGUUUGAAGUAGAUUCUGAUGCCAUCGAAGUAUUCCAGCAAAACGUUGAUGAGCAUGAAGUUGUUAACGUGGAUUGUAUACAUUGUAAUGUUUUGAAUGAUAUUCCUCCUAGGUCUAAUGUGUAAACAAGACAUAGAAGAACUCUAAGUAUAGAGCCUUGUGGAACACACUCAGCACUGGGUGUGGGUCACCUAGAACCCCAAAGCCCUACUUGGAAGGUUCUGUCAGUAAGAAAUGCCUCUAUCCAAUCUAAACGCUUACCUCAUACACCAAAAUGCUCAAGUUUAUAAUUCAAAUGUUUAUGCGGAACAUUGUCAAAAGUCCAUCCAUAGUUGUCCAUUGUUGUAAAGCAGAGAGCAAGUUGGUUUUAUAAAGCCUUUGACACUGUUUUGAUGAAUCCACCUUUUGGCACUAAACAUAAUGCAGGCACAGAUGUAAAGUUUUUGGAUAAAGCAUUUGAUUUAUCAAAUAAUGUGGUUUAUUCCCUUCAUAAGACUUCAACAAGGAACUUUAUAAUAAAACAUGCGGAAUUGCUAGGAGUGAAAGCAGAAGUUUUGGCGAAGCUGAGAUAUGAUCUGCAUUCAACAUACAAGUUUCACAAGAAAAAGUCUGUAGACAUAGAAGUCGACUUUUAUAGAUUUAGUUUGUGAAUAAACUCCAUUUUGUGAAUAUAUUUCUAUACUAACAAAAUGAGUGCUCAGUACAGUAGAGAUCACUGCAAAAUUGCAGUGGCUAAAAUUAUGCAGCUAAUAGGAUGGCAUUCCAUCAAUUCUACACCAUUAGAGGUACUUACUGACAUUUUAGUGAAGUACAUGCAACAUAUCAGUGGAAUCACGUUAGAUUAUGCCAAUGAGUUCGGUCAAACGGAGGCAAAUCUAGACCAUCUGGCAUUUGCUUUCCAAGAAAUGGGCAUAAACGUAGCUGAAUUGGAAGAAUACACAACUUUUGUGAAUUUUGCCCCACCUGCUACUCCUACUCCAAAGUUUCCACUACCCAAGGAGGAUAAUUUGAAUUUCCUUAAGCCUGGUAGCAAAGAAGUAGUCACUCGUCCAGUUCAUAUACCUGAACAUUUGCCUCCAAUGUUUCCUCUUUUAGAAGGCGCUGAAAAUGAAGAGGAGAAAGUGGAAAUUAAACAAGAAGUGGAGAGCGAAGAGGUAAAAGAGAAUAACUCGCUAGACUUCAAAAAACCAGCAGCAAUCUCUCCUGAGUUCCGUAGGCCCAAACGAGAAGACGAGGGCGGGAGGCCAACAAGAGAGAUCAGUAGUGUCAUGAUGACCACUUCAGGUUUUCUAUCUCCAGCCAGAGAAGGCAAGUUGCCAGAGCCAAAAGCACCUGUACCCCCACCUCCCACUGAGCCUCCGCCCCUCAUCAUGACAACCCCCAUCGAACCGGUACUGAAAAAGAAAGUCGAGAAGCGCAAGGAGAAAGUGGGCAAGGAAUUGUUGAAACCUCUAUCGCAGGAUGAGAAAGUGAUGAAGAAAACGCCUACUAUGAAGGAUUUGGUCAAAAUGAAGCAGAAAAUGACGUCUGGGUUACCUAAUAUACCGCCGAAUUUAGCAAUCCCUCCAUUGACCAGCAUUGCUCCACACCCCCCUCUUCAACAGCUCACACCACAAGAACCCAAAUUGAAUCUGAUCCCUAAUGCACAGAAAAUGAUCAGCGAAAAGUUCGAUAAAGCCUUGGCAGCCGCUAAAGCGAAAACCGAGAAGCUCAACACUACGAUUACACCUAUACCAAAUAAUAUUCCUCCGCUGCCGUCAUCAAUAACUAUACAACAGGUUGAAAAGCUCUUCAAUCAGCCGGAUAAAAAGAAAGUGAAUAUAUUCAAAAAAAUAUCGAAUGUAAAAGACGGGAAAACCAAAAAAGACUCUAGAUCGAGUACUCCAAGUUUGAUGAUGGACGAUCAUGCUGAUAUUGUGAAUAAAAUAUCACUUUCCAGCGACAUAACUAUAGAGCCUAUUCACUCCGCUCCCCCGCUCCGAAGAAGCCCCGAGAAAUAUGGUAUUUUUGACGAUGACCUCCCUAUUGGCAUACCUUCCACCCCUAGGACCCCGGAUAUCAUGACGCACAUUGGUCCCACGAUGCAGAAAGAGAAGCGAAAACGAAAAGACACAAAGAAGGUGAAACGCGUAAAGAAGAGCCAUAAUUUCAUGCCAGGGACAGAAAUCAUUGAUCUUGUAGCGGGUAUGGGCCGGCCAAAGACACCUGACGCACAUCUGCCAAUGGGACCAAGAGGUGGAUUAGGGUUGCCCCACAUGCCCUCCCAUCUACCUUUCCCCCUGCUCCCGAAUUUCGCCGGUCCUGGAUUAAUACCCAAAAUGAAUACGCCGAUGUUCCCAUUUUCUCAUCUAGGAACAUUUGGGAAGAAUCCUUAUUUCCCGUCUGUUCCACCAUUCCAUAGCAUGCCACAACAAGUGGAACCUGUUUCUUUGGUUAGCCCGAAGGCCAAGGAUGCCAUUGAGAUCAAGCCUGUGGAGGUAGUACAGAAACCUAAUCCAGCACCAAAACCAGUGCAACCAACUCAUCAACCAGCACCGAUGGAGGUAGCACCGCCUCCAAAUGUCACGCCACCUUCUGUCACGACAAUCAAAGAGGAGCCCUUGCACCUCAGCGAGGAGGUGAAGGACAAGAAACCAAAAGAGCACAAAAAAGACAAAGAGAAGAAAAUUAAGAAGAAAAACAAGAAAGAUAAGUUGAAGGAUAAAUCAGAGAAGAAAAAGCUGAAAGACGCGAAGAAAGUUGAAGCGAAAGAAAAGGUGAAGAAAGAUAAAAAGAUUAAGAAGAAAGAAAAACUGACCAAAGAACUGGAAAAUCCUAUACCGAAAAUGAUUCUCAAGGUAAAUUCACCAUCACCUAGACCUGAGACCCCUGAAAGCAUCAAGAAACUAAACAUCAAACCGAUAGUCAAGAGAGAUGAGGUUCUUCCACCUGAAGGCCGCCACAGAGAGCCUUCACCCGCAAGCGGACUCGCAAAGAUCUCGGCGCUGGUAACAGGUCCACCGAAGCCCAAGACGACCGUGUCACCGGUGGUGACGCCUGUUCCGGAUAAGGCUGCUUCAGUACCGCUAGAACCACCUCCACAAGCGACUGUACCGCCACCUCGCCUUCCAAGUAAGCCUAAAACUCAAGCCACUCCUAAGCCUCCCAAGGCACCCAAGCCACCUAAAAAGACCGAACAGACGUUCAAGAAGAUCGAUGAGGAUGGAAAUGAGGUGUGGAUUUGCCCUGCGUGUAAUCAGCAAGAUGACGGUCGACCGAUGAUUGGUUGCGAUGGUUGCGAUGCGUGGUACCACUGGGUGUGCGUCGGCAUACAGGUACCACCCGAUGAAAAUGAAAAUUGGUACUGCAAACCUUGUCUAUGCAAGAAGAAUGAAGACCUGCAGAGCGACAAGAAGCGCAAAAGAAAGAAGAAAGAAAAGAAGGAUCAUUAGGUAUUAUAGCAUAGUAGCUAAAAAAUACUCUCGAGGGGUUUUAGGAAGAGUAAAAUAUUAAUUGAAACAAUAUUUUUCGUCUAUUUACUGAUGUAUGCAAAAAUGAUAUAUUGGAGUUCAGCCAACCUAGUCAUGGAAAUCUCUUGGGAGUAAACUAUUUGCUCGGAUAUUCUAACGUACAUCUCGUCAAAUGUAGCUAGAGACUUGGAAAUGUUGCCGACUGCGUAGAAAAUUAAGUGAGAACGCAUUCGGAGAAAAAGAGAUACAUGAUGCGCUGUGUCUCGUCGCCUCGUUGGUACACUCCGUGCAACAAGUUUGCAGAAUGUGAUCUUAACACUCUCGCCGGCGCCGCCACGUGUAUCGCUGUCAAUAUACCGGGCAUCUCAAUAUUUUAGCCGGUGUGUAUGGCUUGCUAUACACGCUGCUAAUAUUUCUUAUGGAUAAUUGUUUCUAAUGGCCUAGAAGCAACAAAGUUUGGUACCAGUUUUGGCCUAUAAUUGAAAAUGGUGCCAUAAAAACUAACAUGUUUUUCUUAAGUGUUUUCAGGAUAAAACGUAAGUAUUAGUAUCUGAAACUGUUCGUGACAUAUGGAAGUCAAAUGACACAAAUAUCAGUGGCAGCGAGAGUGUUAAUUUGUAAACAAACCUCUGAAAUCGAACUUAUUUGUCAAAUUACAUAUUUGUUGUAGGCAAAGAUAAGUAUGUAUUUUUAAAAAGUGUAAUGACGAAAACAUUUCGAUAGUUAUUGAAUAACAAUAAAGUUCCUUCCAAAUAUAAACAAAUUACUUUGUUAAAAAAUAAAACUUAACUACACAAAAAACUUGAGAUAAUUCAAUUUUUUACGUACCACAAAAAACGAGAUUACAAUUGGCGUUCAAGAGGUUCAUCUUCUGUCUCGGAACUGCUAUUUUCCAGAGAAUCCACGCUGUCAUUGUCAGUAUCUUCCUGCAAAUUUAUUAUAACUUCAUCGACAAUUAAAUCUAGAGCUGGUUCCUUUUCCAUGAAAUAAUGCUCGAAAGAAAUAGCAUGUUCACAAUAUUUUUUCCAUUCCUCUUGGGUAAAUUUGGAGAAAAAUUCUUCACAAUAUUUCUCAACAUUUUGGAAUUUAAAGUCCACAUUUUUAUCUGCCACAUAUCGUUUUAGAGCAGCCCACACUAAUUCAAUCGGAUUUAAGUCCGGAUGGUAGGGUGGUAGUCUUAAGACAGAGUGACCUGCAUCAUUCAUGAUCUGAUCUAUCUCAUAGGUUUUAUAACUAGGUUUGUGCAUGUUUAUUAUGCCAAAUAAUUCUGCUUUUAUCAUGUCUUCCGAAAAUGGAAUGUUCCGCUGUCUCAGCCACUCCUUCAUUUCAUCUUUUCUACACCCCAUUGUGGGACAUUUUUGUAGUUGGACAUUGUGAUACGGUGCAUUGUCUAUAAUCAAUACACUACGGGCUGGUAUGUUAGGAAUAAGUUUUUCCUGAAUACACUUUUUAUAAUUACUAUAGUUCAUUUCGCUAUGAUAAUCUCCGGACUUAGUACCAGAUUUGAAUUGUAAACAUGCGUUGUUUAUGAAACCCAUUUCGCCGCCUGCAUGAACAAUAAUUAGCCUCGGCCCUUUGGACACUGGCUUGUGGAAACCUUCGAUGGUAUUGUCUCCCCAGUUUUUGGCAUGGGUAUGAGAGGAAUGAAUAUAAGUCUCAUCCAUGUAAAUUAUGGGCCGAUUUUCUUCCCUAUAAUGUUUAAUAUUCCUGAGAAAACUUCUCCGAAGCGCUUGUAUAUACGGUUUUUCCAUUAGGAUUUUCCUGUUAUUCUUCGUUUUCCUCCAUCGAAAUCCCAUAUCCCUCAUCACUUUUCUCAAAGUUUCAUGUGACCCUGUAUAAAUAUUGUUUUCUCUAAGUUUGUGUGUUAUGUGUCGCAAGGUAGGGACUCGUUUUUCGGUGACAUAAAAAUUGAUUAUUAUACCGCGAAGUAGACUUCUGUCAAGAUCAUCCAAGUUUGAUUUUGGGGCACAUUUCAUUCGUUUGUUGUUAGGCGUCGAAAAUGACGUAGCACCACCUUCCUCCACAUUUUUCAUUUCACGAGAGAUCCGUUUUAUAGUGCUUAAGCUUACUCCCGUAGCUAGGGCAGCGCGCUCCUGUACUUUUUUUAAAUCCUUAAUAGGCUGAUUUUGUAUCGCUUCUCGCUGCAUAAAAAAGAUUACAUUCGCUAUAACCUCCCUCGUUUGUCCAGACAAAACUUUGCCUUUUAAUCUUGAUUGAAAAUCCAUGUUAAUUAUUUAAACACUCAAAUCAGUAACAACUUCCUUCCAGUACAGGAAAAAGAAACUCAACAGAAUAGUUUUUGUCGCAGACUGUAUAACACCUUGCGUCCAGUUGUCACGAAAUACUAGCGUAGUAUCGGGAAGACCAAGUCUCUAGCUAUAUUUGACGGGUUGUACUGACGUCUAUUUGACGUAAACAGUUGUUAAUCCUCAAGUGGCAUCUAGCGAAAAGUUUUACAUAAAGAGUUUGAUUCUAAAUGUGUAUGUAAAUAUGCUAUACAACUGCGAAAACGAAUAGAAAAUGCGGUAAUAUUAUAUAGGGCUCAGAUUCCAUAAGAUUUUAUCCAACUCGAUAAACCCACGUAUCGGAUGUAGUUUUUAACAUUAACAUCGUUUGUGAAGAGAGAAAAACGUUAAGCGAUGGUUGCCUACCGCUAGCAUAUCGCAAAUGCUUUUAAUUUCAGCCCGAAAAUAGGGUUUUUGGCAUAAUCUCGUCUGUCACUUCAACCGAUAAAUGGCAGUUGACCAGUUGUUACUAGCAUUGAGUGGGCUAAGUCGCCACGAAAACGUCGUAAGGGACAAGUUACUAACCGAUGUAGAUUCUUCUGAGCUCCCCGAACCAUGUACAUACCUUCAAACGCAUUUGCGCUAAGCUGGUGAUAUGCAGCUUUUGCUUAACGCCUCCCUCCGCUAUAGAAAUUUGCUGUAAACUGCACUUGAACCAUACGUUUACUGAAGCAGAAAUGGUGCUGCAUGAUCUGGGAAUAACAGCUGCUUUAUUCUAUAAUGCAUAUAUUUGUAAUCCUUAAAAUGUAUGUGAUAGGGGUAAUUAUUGCCUGAUUAUUGUGUGUAUGGUAUGGAUGACGUCGCAAUGAAUUUAUUGAUAGUUGUUUCUUUAUCUAAUUUACCUGAUUCGGAUUAUUUUUAAUAUAAUGCCCAAUAAGAUUUCAUUAUACACUUUUCGGUCCUUAUUAAAUAUUUUAUAUCAUUACUUUGUAAAUAUGAUUAAUUGUACAAUAUGAUAUUGUUAGAUGAUUAUUGUAAAUUAUUAAAGCAAAUAUAUUUUAUCGUAAACGA